GGAAUAAAUGGGCGUAAUGGCUUCCUUAGACGUCAUUCCAAGUGACUAUAGCAUUAAGUAUGUUCAUUCUCUGAUUCCUUCUAAUAUUGCAGGCUUGGGCCAGCAGUUUAAGAGUAAUAAGGCAAGGACUAUUAGAGUGAAGAUCGCUAAGAAUAUUGUGGAGGAUAUUCAUUGACCAGAUGCUGAUUUGACAGUCGGGUGGCUGCUUAGUGAGGUUACUAGGAGGUAUGAUCAGCAUUUUGAGGCUGAGAUAGGGGAAAAUAAUUUAUACAAAAAGAAGCUAUUAAUUGGUUUGAAAACAAUAGAAGGACUGCCUGCCCUUGAUUACUACUUAAACUUCCUGGAUAACUGACUGAGGCCGCUCAAGAAUGGGACGACUCUAGCAGUGCACUACUCCAAGUUGAGGGAAGGAGAUGACUUUGAAAAUAAUGGGUAUCGAAACCCCAUUGGAAAAGAGGACUUCCACUUCCUUAAAGUCAUUGGAUGAGGUGGAUAUGCAAAUGUAGUGCUUGCAAGGAAGAAAGAUAGUGGAAGACUUUACGCAAUUAAAAUAAUCAAAUAAAGAUCAUCUUUAUGUGUCCACAAGGAAGAGUGUUUAUACAUCUGAAGCGGAAAUAUUAAAGAGGCUUAGUGGUUCUCAAUUUAUAGUGGGGUUGAACUACACUUUCCAGACUGAGACAGAGAUUUAUUUUGUCAUGGAGCCUUGAAUUGGAGGAACACUCUUUCAUCUUUUAACUCAUUUUCCAAAAGGAACCCUGAACUCUCAAGCUAUCAAGUUUUAUAUGGCAGAAGUAGUAAUUGCUUUAGAAAAGAUGCAUGAGAAAAAUAUUAUAUAUCGAGACUUAAAACCAGAGAAUAUUCUCAUUGACAUUGAUGGGCACAUUAAGCUCGCAGAUUUUGGGCUCUCUAAACAGUUGCAAGAUUUAGAUGAAUUAAAUACUACCUUUUGAGGAUCGCCUGAAUACUUACCUCCAGAGAUGAUCUGAGGGUACAUGCAUUCAGUUUCUGUAGAUUUCUACACUCUUGGGUGUCUCUUAUACGAAAUGAGUGUUGGAUUUCCACCUUUUCACUCAUCUAACAAGAGAGACUUAGAAAGACGGAUUGUGAAUGCGACACCUAGAUUCCCGAAUGAAAUGGAUUCUGAGACUGUUGAAUUAAUCACUUGGUUACUCUCCAAGCAUCCAGCUGACAGACCUGAGUACAUCAAUGACAUAAAAACGCACAGAUACUUCGACGAGAUUGACUGGGACAGGAUUGAAGACAAGAAGGCGAUUCCACCAUGGAUUCCUGAUUUGAAUAAAUGGCAUGCACCUAAAAGUUUCACCAGCAUUCCUAUUAGCAGAGUUUUUUUAAAGCUGAACAAAGGCAAAGCUUUUAAAAGUGCAAGUUCCAAUCCUAAAGAUAAGAAUAACAAAGAAUUUAAGAAGAGUAUUUAUGCUCAUGAACAAAAGUCCAAUAUGAUUCAUCGGGAUCAAGAAAAGUACCCUGAUGCCAAAGACGACCUCUACUUAGCAGGCUUUGAUCAUGAAAUUGAGUCCAAAGAGGAGAAAUCAAUCCGAACACAGAUCCAAUUCUUCCUUGAGACUAAGGGCUUCAGGAAGAAAUCAGUGGUUGAAAAGACCGAGAAAACUAAAUGAUCAGAGAAUUUUAAGGAGGCUAGAAAGGAAGAUGACGAUAGUAGUGACGGAGAAGUCUCUUUAUCAUCAAUCUCAGAUGAAAGGAAUUCGAUAACCAAAUAUCUCUACGAUCCCAGUAUUAUGAAACAUAUUAAGACUUAUUUAGGAGGAGGUCAAGUCCACCCAGCUAUUGAUAAGUCCAAGAAGUUUAGUGUUGACUUGAGUAAAAUAGAGAAUGACUCAUUUCCUCAGGAGCAGAAUUAGAACAACCUAUUAUAAAUAACGAUGGCCUAGCCUUCGUGUAUUAUCC